AUCAAUGGUGGAUUCAAUUCCUCUAUUUAUGUGCAUUGUUGGAGAUUAAUGAUGAAGACAUGUGUAAAAAUAAUUGAAAAAUGACUUAUUUCGAUAUAAAAAUAACGGCAAACCAUCGUCAAAAUAUUUGUUCGGCUACUGGUCUACCUUAUGGGGAAAAUAACCUCUUUUUGUGACCUCAUCUGUGGCCCCAUGGAACCUACAUUUUACGUUACAACGUGAUGCUUAUUACAAUAUUGGAUACAGGAGCUGGACUUAACAAUCGCAGCAACAUUUAAAGCUUGCAAUGUGCGGAAAAGCCAGAAAACACAAGGAUUAUAUUCAUGUAAUGACUUAAAGUGUCUCAACAUAAUUCCAAAUGAAACAAUAGUAGGAUAUUCUUCAGCCUAUUUACAUAAAAGAACCAUUGUUUAUAAUAUCUUGAUUACAAAGUAUUUCAUUUGAUGUGCAGAUGUUAACGGAAAUUGUAACAUAUUGAGCGAGCUUAAAAUAGCGUUUAUUGCCGACAAAAUGGAUAUCUCACUGUGUGUACGUUUGGUUUUGUUAAAUACAAGCACCAUUGCAUUGGUGCUCCAAACUGUCGGUUUAUUAGGGCAUAGUUGGUUUGGAUUCUCGUUUACUGUUCACACAAAUGGACGGAAAGUGACACAACAAAUGCAUGGAGGUCUAUUGUUUUUUUCACCACUGGAAGUAUGUGUCGAAAAUGCAAAUGGAACUAAUUGUAAAACAUCUGACCAGUUGCCAUUGACUGAAAGGAGAUCAUUUGAAGCAACAAAUCAGAUUCUUUCUCAAAGUGUGUUUAUACAGAGAGGUUUGGUUAUAACUGGAUUGACAGCGACGUCUUUUGGCUUUAUCUUUCUGUAUCUGUACCUGUUCAUGAACAAGAAUUUCAAGAAGCACAGAUGCAUUGGCAUUACAUCUGCGAUCUUUUGGACACUUGCUGCUUUGCCUGAAUAUAUUGCUGUUGGAGUACAGAUAUUUGCAAAUAUGAACAUGAAGAAUUCAAUGAAUGUCAUGGCAUUAAAUCAGGGUGAAUUAGGAAUUCAACUUCAAGGAGAAUUCAUUACUCCAUGGGCUGUUAUAGUCUUGGGUGUCGGAGCAAGUUUAGCAGUUACCACUGGUAUAAUCGUUGCCGUUACAACCUGUGGAAAGCAUGUAAAUAAAACUGUAAUUCUAUACAAAAAACUCCCUGCCGGACAUAACGAUAAGUUGCAAAUUCUUGAGCGUGACAGCGAUGAUGAUGAUGACUAAGAAACAUGCAGUGAUAUCACAGGAUGUAAUUAAAUGAAAAUAUGUUAUAUGUGAAAAAUAUUCUUGAAGAAAGAUAUAAAUAUAAACAUGAGAAUUUG